UGCCAGGGCUGCCGGCAAGGAGAGAAAAUGUCGGACUUGGAGGGGUGCCAAGUGGGCGCAGAAGGCAUGGAUCCAGCAGGGGACGAGUCCCCCAGCGAGAGCGAGAGCUACGACUUUAAGCCCUCCGAGCCUUCGGAGCUGGAAGAGGAUGAGGGGUUCAGUGACUGGUCCCAGAAGCUCGAGCAGCGCAAACAGAGGUCUCCACGACAGUCGUAUGAAGAAGAGGACGGUGGUGUGAGGGAAGCUGAAGUCAAACUGGAGCAGAUCCAGCUAAAUCAGGAAAGCCUAGAGGAGAUCCAGGAGGAGAAUAUGGUGGUGAGGGAGGAGGAGAGGCUGUGCCAUGUGGAAGAAGAUGUCCAAGAGCAACAGGAAGAGGAGAGAGCUGAGCAGGAGGAAAAGAAGAGGAGGAGAAACGAAGAGGAGGAAACGCCAGAAAAACGCCAGAAAGCUCCAAGCCCCAGCAGCCUGGAAGAGGAGGAGCUGGGCGCUGACCACGCUGCGGUGUGUUCCACGAAGGUGUGUGAUACUUCCCACAAGGGGAUCACCUUAUUCCUCUCUGUUCUUUCCAGUAAUAGCAUAAAGAAGACCCAGCCUCCCCUUCCCGUGUCGAAGAUAGAUGAUAGACUGGAGCAAUACACGCAGGCCAUUGAGACAUCCACAAAGGCUCCAAAACCCGUCCGACAACCGUCCCUUGACAUUCCCACCACAAGCAUGGUGGUAGCCAGUACUAAAAGCCUCUGGGAGACUGGAGAGGUUGCAGCUCAGUCCUCCAUGAAGUCACCAACCUGUAAGGAUAUUGUGGCUGGAGACAUCAUGAGUAAAAGAAGCCUUUGGGAACAGAAGGGCAAUCCCAAACCUGAGACCAAUAUCAAGUCCACUCCUGGGAAAAAGUAUAAGUUUGUUGCAACAGGCCACGGCCAGUACAAGAAAGUGCUGAUAGAUGAUGCGACAGAGCAGUAACAUGCCUGGAGAACCUGUUAACCAGCUGAGCUUGGUCCUGGUUCGAUGUAACCUUCAAUGCCAAUAUUUCCUCUGCUCCAAGGAAGAUACUCAAAGGAUGUUUCUCUUCUUCUCCUGCCUAAAGUCAGUCUGCUUCAGUACAGCCUGACUGUCCUCUCUGAGUGUGAGUGACGACCCAUGCUGCCUCCAGUCAGGUGAAAGGAACUAAAUCAGCUGGCAAAACAAUCCCUGUUUUAACCUUCUAAGUGACUCUGGCUAUUUUUUUUUUUUUUUAAAUCUGGCUCUGCUAUGGAGAUGAGAGGCUGUGGCUUUGCUCCCUCUCUUCUUUAUCAAGUGCUUGAAGAGAAGAAUCUACUGAUCUGCCCAGCUGGCAGGUAUUUUGCUACACAGUGAAGAAUUUCUAAUCUUGUGGCUCUUGUUGGCUGGGUGGUAGGAGAGAAGAAGCUGAAUAGAAACCAAGUAAAAGAAUCAAUGUUUGAAAAGAGGACAAUGGGCAGAUCCUGAAUGUCAGGAGACUGCAAGGACUGUUUCUCACCACCACUAGUGCCCGCUGUGGUUACAGACUUCCCCUGUUUUCAGCAUAGCCUCUUUCCCUCUGUAACAUCUGCUUUGAGGGACUUCAUCUACUGGUCUCUCUGCAUGUACAUCAAGGCCAAAUUACGUUUAACCUAGUCCUGCUUUUUAUUUAGUUUCCAGAUCACUUAGCUUUUAAUCACAGCUAAGUACCCAUGCCAAAAUAUUCCAUCUCAACGGUGACCACAGAAGUUUAGUUUCAGAUAGCUGCUGCCACCUUCUCCCUGCUAAACAGGGAUGUAGGCCUGAGGCUUCCUUUUCCAGGUGAGGAGUGUUAAUUACUGGCAUUAUCUCCCUUCUCUGGGAAGGGAUUUGCUUUUCCUUUUACUUGGGCUCUGAUGCAAGGAGUUGAAACACUUAUUUCUAAAUGUCAAAGGCAGGUGUGUUGAUAACCUGCGAAUGAUCCUCCUGGAGGAGGACUAGAUAUCUGGGAAAUUACCAAAAUUUCCUUAUACUGGAAGCUGUCUAGGUGAAAAGGUAUCUUGGUGUGUUGGGGGAGGUCAAGGCUUGCUGUGAACAGGGGGAAACCAAGCCCCUGAAGAUGGGCACUCUGAUUUCCAGGCUUUGAGUCCCAGUUCUGUAAACCAGCUCCUGGGUCUCUUCUUGAACUCUCCUGCUUCUUUACACUUCAUGUCAUUAGCACAUUCCUGAUUUCCUGUUUAAAAUCUGUUCAUGUCCUCUUCUCAUGAAGGCUGUCAACAUAAAUUUGCGACUUGUUUCUGCCCUCCUAGAGGGAGGGCAGCUUCUCUCUCCUCCUGCAUCAGUUUGCUUUUUGCUUCAAUUUACUGCGUGUCCUGGAUAUUUUUUUUUGUAAGCAUUUAAUAAAAUUUGAGGAAGAU